UUUCGGUGAAUUGAAGAAUUACUCGGUACGUUCUCGGUUCCGGUCUCGUCUUCCUUCUUACUUAUAAUUACGUAUUGCUUUUGACGUUUUGUUGAAAGUUCCUCUUAGUGGAAAUCGACUUUUAUCGUGUUACACGUGUAUCUUCAUCGAUUUUCAUGAGAGAGAAGUUCUCCUUCUGGAAUCGGUAUUUUAUUUGAAACGUAGCACAAGUCAAAUCUAUAUGUCCAUUUACGGAAACAUGCCUUUCCUUUUUGUGAGAGCUUUAUUGAUUAACAGUGUUGGAACCGGCCGGCUGUAGUAUGGUUGUUAUUAUCGUAAACCUACUCUCUGUCCAUUAUAACGAUCGAAAUGUUUCCUUGAUAUCAUCAUACGUUCUAUUUUGUUUCAAUGCAUGUACGAUUUCAAUGACGAACGUAGGAUAAGAUAUGAAAUACACAUGAAGAGUUUCAUAAAUCUGAGGUAAUAAAUAAAGCUGAAAAAUAUCAGCUAUUGAAUACUGAUUAUGAAGAUUGUGUUAUAUUCUUAAGAAAUAAAAAUAUAAUAAAACGAAUCUUAUUGAAAUCUCAAAAAACAAGAAUGACAUUAUAUUAUGUCAAUAAAAAAAUCUUAAAGAUAAAUAACGAUCGAGUGUAUUCUUGAUGAGAAUAAUACAACUCGAUGUCAAAGGAUAGAAAAAAGGAUAAUAAAAGCUCGAAAUUAUAUUUUUGAAAAUAAAAUAGACAAACACCGUCCAUGUGUAUCAGUAAAAGCUGAUAACGUAAUCGUAGUUACGUCGUGUUGGCACAAAUUCGACGAUCAAUAAUAAUCAUCUGACUGUUGUUGGUCUAUUCGUUGAAUCCAGCAGAAAGGAGGAAAAAGGAAAGGAGUCUGUGACGUAAGACCACGUAGAAGGUCGUCCAAUUUAUAAAAAGAAAAUAACUUCGAAAAGGAUAAAAGGUAAAAAAAGGCGGAAGGAAAAAUGGCAUACGACGAUGUGAUACUCCGAAUGGGCGAAUUUGGUCGCUACCAACGUCGAGUUUAUUUGCUUCUUUGUCUUCCGGCGAUAUCCUGUGCAUUCCAUAAAUUAGCAGGUGUUUUUCUUGGAGCUAAACAUGAUGCCAGAUGUCUAUUGCCGAACGAGAGCAUGGAGAAUGCUACGUAUUAUCUACCUCAGGACGUUAUGAAUUUCAGUUAUCCUUGGGAUUUCGAAGCCAAAAAUUGGUCGCAAUGUUUACGACGAGAUCCUAUAUUGGACGGUAAUUUUCAAGCUCAGGAUAAUUGGCCGGUUCAAACGCCAAUAGGUUCACAUGAUUUGGCCAAAGCCGAGGGUGUUAAACCUUGCGAAGGAUACGUUUACGAUAGGACAAAAUAUAAAAGUACCACCACUUCUGAGUGGAACUUGGUCUGCGAUAGAGCCUGGCUGAGGGCUACGGGGGACUCAUUGUUCAUGGUAGGAGUCAUGCUUGGCUCGAUGAUAUUUGGUGCUUUGUCCGAUAAAUAUGGACGUAGACCAAUUUUCUUCCUGUCUUUAGUCAUCCAGCUAGCUGGCGGUAUAUUGCUUGCAAUAGUUCCCGAGUUUAUUUCCUACGUAAUCUUCAGGUUGAUCGUUGGUUCGACCACCAGUGGAGUCUUUUUGGUGGCUUACGUAAUAGCUCUUGAGAUGGUCGGCCCAAAGAAACGUUUGGUGGCUGGUGUAGGUUGUCAAUUAUUCUUCACUACGGGCUACAUUCUUAUGGCAGGUUUUGCUUAUAUGAUAAGAGAAUGGAGAAUGCUGCAGGUCGCCAUCACCAUUCCGAGUAUCGUAUUUCUGUUCUAUUGGUGGUUCAUUCCAGAGUCUGCUCGUUGGUUAUUGAUGAAAGGUCGUGCCGAGGAAGCUAAAGACAUACUUCAAUGUGCAUCGAAGGAAAAUGGAAUGGAAAUUCCACGUGAAGCUUUAGAUACUCUUUUAAGCAAUAAUAAUGAAGAUAGUAUGCCUGAUUCAAAGAAGGCUUCUCUCUUUGAUCUUUUUCGAUAUCCGAAUUUAAGGCGAAAGAGUAUACUAUUGUUUUUUAAUUGGCUCGUAAAUAGUGGUACAUAUUAUGGAUUAUCUUGGCAUGCAUCCAAUCUUGGUGGAAACGAUUACGUGAACUUUUUGAUAUCUGGCUUGGUAGAAGUGCCUGCUUAUACAUUUCUUAUUUUCACGUUAAAUCGAUGGGGCCGAAAAAUAAUUCUCUGUGGUUGUAUGUUGCUUUCCGGAUUGGCACUACUCGCUGCAUUGUUCGUUCCUAUUGAUAAACCAUGGCUAGUAGUUUGUCUCGCUAUGAUUGGGAAACUUGCCAUCACAUCAUCGUAUGGUGCAAUUUAUGUUUUUACGGCCGAACAAUUUCCAACUGUUAUCCGUAACGUAGGUCUUGGCGCUUGUUCGACUUUUGCUCGUAUCGGUGGUGUAAUAGCACCAUAUAUAAAUCAUCUAUCGGAAAUAUGGACACCCUUGCCUUUGGUCAUUUUCGGAUCGUGUGCUCUCUUUGGUGGUAUGAUGUCACUGUUACUUCCAGAAACUUUAAACAAAAAACUUCCUGAAUCUAUCCAAGAUGGAGAAUUGUUUGGAAAGAAAGUUCCUAAAAAUAAGAAGAAGAAGAAGCAACAGCAUGACCUGGAACAAGGAAACGAAAUAGAUGUAAUAAAGCCACUGAAACCACAAGAAAAUGGAGUACAUGAAAAGCAAAAUGGAUGACGUUAGUCUUAUUGAGGAAUGUCGGUUGUGCUGAAAAUAUUUAUCUGAUUCCUCUCCGAUUGUAAACUAGGCGUUCUCAUACGCGUGAUCCACGUGUAGUGUGCACACAUUCAAAGCGCACCAAAUUGAAAAUGGAGCUCUCUUAAAGUAACUCGAUUAACGAUAUUCGGCACAGAGAUCAAAUUACAAAUCUUUUUCCAAUUGUAAGUAAACGAUAGUAUGGAAAACAAAUUCAAGGCCUUUGUAAAGAAAAAGAAAAAGAAAAAGAAAAAAAAA